GUGGAGGAUGCUCAGCGAUAACCAACUGAUAAGGCUUACCGGCGGCGUCUGUUGCACACACCUGCAGUGAAGCUGUAUGGUUGCUGGCUGCUGGUUGAUGGCUGUCCUUCCGCCUAUCCAUCCAUCCAUCCAUCGACGAGAGGACAAAUUGCCUCUUUCCUAGCUACAAGAAGCAAGCAACCAACAGACGCUACAGACAGACGCAAAAACCAGCACCCUGCCUGGGCCAGCUACCUACCUCUACAUACACACAUGAAAAAUGCCCGCCACGAAUUGUGGCCACUGUCCGAUAUAUAGCUGCCAGCUGCCAUCGAUGGCUCAUGGCGGCGCCCCUCUGGUGGGCAUCUCCGUGACGGUGGCGAAUGGCCGGCAGUGCUCUUGCGUGACGGUGUGGAAGAGCUGCCGAAUGGGGGUGGCGUGCAGGACGCUCGCCGGCUUGGACAGAAUGGAACUGACAACACAACACACAGAGAGAGAGACAGGCAGACAGACAGACAGGAGUGUGUGGUGGUAUGGAGGGAGGGAGGGAGAGGGUGUGUGUGGUGCACCCUUACUGGCAGGUGUCUCUGUCCAUGUGGUCUUUGAGUGGGUGUGGGUUCUUGCGCAGGACGAAGCCGUAGUAGAAGGCGUAGUCGGCGUUGGUCUUGCUGCUGGUCUUCUCGUACGAUAUCAAUACCUCCUCACCUGCAUUGAAUGCAUUGCACCGAAACAUGGCGCACACACACGCACAUCCACAUCCACAUCCACACACGCACAUCACGUGGCUGCAGUUGGUCAUCAAAUUUGAUACCUUUCCGGACCCUCCUGGUUGUGUUGAACUGCAGCCGUUCGGACGAGGGGUUAUAAUCCCACACCGCAUUCAGCUUGGGCACUGGGUCCGUAUUCGCCUAAACACACACACACACACCCUCCCUCCCUCCCGCACCUCACACACGCACCCAGGUGACCUACCUUAUCAGCGUAUGGCGCCAAAACGAACCGCCUCGUGCCGUUCAGGUCCAUGCCCAUACACCGAGACAGACAGAUGGCCGACCCCCACAUCCACUCAUCGUCCCCCAUCCUCGCCAGCUGCCCGUCGACCGCAUAGCGCGUCAGACGCUUGUACGACCGCCGGAGGGACUCCCGCGCCAGCACCACCAGCCGGGCUAGAGGAAGUUUAUCGUACACCUCUGCGCGCAGUAGACAGAGAUAGGGAAGGAGAGAGAGUGCUCUGGUGCCCUGUGUGUGCAUGUGUGUGUGUGAAUGGAUGUGGGUGUGGUUGCUCCACCGAGGUCUUCGUCGGUCGCAAACAGCGGGUGGUUCGUGCGGAACCAGUCUGCAGCAAGCAGCCAUAGACAGACAGACAACACAUACAUACACACAGUCCAUCCAUCGAUCGAUUCUUCCCUCCCCCUUGCUGAGACCCACCGAGUGACGGCAGUGUGGGAAGGUAGAGGGCGAAAUUCGACGCGUCCCCGAGCAUCUCCUGCUCAUGCAGUGCCGCAGCGAUGCGCAUCGGACCAUCGAUCUGAACCGCAUCAUCUGCACACACACAAACACGUACAGAGGGCCCAUCAACGAAUCGAUUCCCCCCUCUGUGAGCGGAUGGAAUGGAUCAAUGAAUUGUCGCGUCACAUACGUCGUGGGCACGCCUUGCAGUCCUCCUCUGACAGGAGGAGCGACCGGGGUAUCUCCAGGACAGUCGUGGCCGCAGCGAAGGACGACGUAUAAGCCAGGCCCUCCACACCCAUACCUGACUCGCCCACACACACACAGCUAUAGCUUACACAUAGAUUGACAGACACAGAUUGACUGACACUUUUCGGCCCAUCUUACUUACCGCCAUGGUAGAACCGCCUGAGUGUGACGUUCUCACAGCUGCCUCCCUGUGCAGCCACCAUGUCCUGCAGCCCCCUCCACGCCUCGACCGGCGUCCCUUCCGGCCGCCUCGUGAGCCACUGCCACCCGUACCUCCCGUACCGCCAGUUGACAAAGAUCUCGGAUAUGAUCAGCAGGCAGAGGAAGAGCAGCACGAAGCGAAAGUCAAACACGAAGGCAAACGUGCUGUUGGUGUUGUUGUUGUUUGCUCGUCCAUUGCCGCCUUGCUGCUGCAUCGCUGCAGCCGCUUGGCGUGACGAUGCCUUGCAGCCGCUGUCGCUUUCUGUUGCUGCUGCUACUGCUGCUGGUGUCUUUGUGGCUCUUCGAGGGCGGAUCAGUCGAGCAUCCGGCGAUGAUGCUGCCGUCAUGAAUGAACCCGCUCGCCCAUCGCUGACGAUUGGAGAAUUGCGGUCCUGCUGACCACAGCGAACGGGGCGCGCCAAC